CCAGCCCGCCCCCUCCCCACACGGCUCAUCCCGCUGCUUAUCAUUCAAAGGCCAAAGCCAGAACCAAAGCCAAAGCCAAGCGUGACUCUUCUGCUCUACAUAACUCUCCCCACUCCCAACCCUUCUCCUCCUUCCUUCUUCCCUUCCUCUCCAUCUCCUCCAUCUUCCUCCCUCCCACCCACCCACUACACUCUCCCUACAUACACACGCCCCCCAUACACCAGAGUCGCGCCGACCUUCUUAUCUCUCCCUAUCGUCGCAAUCAUGAAGCUCAGCGUAGCUUCCACACUAUCGCUCGCCCUCGGCGCGGCCGCGUACUUCCCCAAUCCGGCCCAGAAGCCGCUUGGUGUGAAUGUGGCGUCUUCCAAGCUGCCCGCGUUCCUCUCCGAGGCCACGGAUCAGGUCAAGGCGACCUUCGGUAACCUCAAUCUCCCCACUGAGGCUGCCGCCGCCUGGACCGAGAUCGCGAAGCUCUACCCCGAAGAUACCGUUUCGGCCCUCCAGGCGAUGUCUAGCAAGUCUAUGCCUAAGGCGAACCGUAAGCGACGACCAGACAGCCACUGGGACCACAUCGUCCACGGAGACGAGAUGAUGACCGCUAUGGCGGGAAAGAUCGACGGGCACGAGAAACUGAAGGGCGCUAAGCUCAGGAUCAAGAAGCCCAAUGGUCUCGGCAUCGACGAGGAUGUCAAGCAGUACUCCGGUUACCUGGAUGUGGAAGAUGACAAGCACUUUUUCUUCUGGUUCUUUGAGUCGAGGAACGACCCCAAGAACGACCCCGUCGUGCUGUGGUUGAACGGAGGACCCGGUUGCUCGUCGCUUACCGGUCUCUUCAUGGAGUUGGGCCCCGCGUCCAUCGACAAGAACAUCAAGAUCGUCCACAACCCAGCGUCGUGGAACUCGAAUGCUUCCGUCAUUUUCCUUGACCAGCCCGUGAACGUCGGUUACUCAUACUCCAGCAACCCGGUGUCCAGCACUCAGGCUGCCGGUAAAGACGUCUACGCGUUCUUGACCAUGUUCUUCGACAAGUUCCCCGAGUAUGCUGCUCAGGACUUCCACAUCACCGGUGAAUCGUAUGCUGGUCACUACAUUCCCCAGUUCGCCUCUGAGAUCCUUUCUCACGAGAACCGCAACAUCAACUUGAAGUCCGUCGCCAUCGGAAACGGUCUGACCGACGGCCUCACUCAGUACGAGUACUACCGCCCCAUGGCUUGUGGUGAGGGUGGAUACCCUUCGGUCCUAGGCGCGUCCGAGUGCAAGGCUAUGGACGAUGCCUACCCCCGGUGCGCCAGUCUCAUCGAGAACUGCUACAAGAGCGAGUCUGUGUGGUCGUGUGUCCCUGCCUCCAUCUACUGUAACAACGCCAUGAUCGGUCCUUACCAGCGCUCCGGUGUCAACGUCUACGAUAUCCGUGGCCCUUGCAAAGAUUCCAACAACCUGUGCUACUCCGAGCUUGGCUGGAUCUCCGACUACCUGAACAAGCCUGAAGUCAUCGAGGCCCUCGGUGCUGAGGUUUCCACCUACGAGUCUUGCAACUUCGACAUCAACAGGAACUUCUUGCUUCACGGUGACUGGAUGCUUCCGUUCCACAAGUUCGUUGUCGAUCUUCUCGCUCAGAUCCCCGUCCUCAUCUACGCUGGUGAUGCCGAUUUCAUUUGCAACUGGCUUGGAAACCAUGCCUGGACUGAGAAGCUCGAGUGGAGCGGCAAGAACGACUUCAACAAGGUCGAGCUCGGUCCCUUCAAGCUGGACGACAAGAAGGUUGGACAGUACAAGAGCAGCGGCAACCUCACUUUCUUGACCGUCUUCGAGGCUGGUCACAUGAUGCCUUACAAUCAGCCCGACGCCUCGUUGGCUAUGCUCAACCGGUGGAUUGGUGGUGAGAUGUGGCCGUCGUCUUAAAUUUUCGGAGCGCAUUAGUAUGUAGUUUCGUUCGGAUUGUAUGAUUACUAAGUUUUAUGUCUUUUGGAUUCGGCGAUGUCUUUUUAAACGGUUUAUGAGGGAAAUUGAAUAAUAGUUUACUCCGCACUUGUUUCUUGAUCGGAAAACGAUUUGAUUGAGCCAUCGUUCUGGUGUUGGGUGCUGCACAUUACUGUAA